AUGCUCUGUGGCCAAGAUUCCUCGCUCAGUCCACCGAUUUGCUACGGUUUCCCACGCUCCAUUCCGCAAAGUCACCGGGUUUGGAUCUCGUUGGAUCUCAUCAAACGAUCUAACACCCGUGUGUCUGCGCAAGGGUGCGCUUCCAUCCGUCUCUGGCCGCGCUACCGUCCAACCGGCUCGCCAAUCUCCAAGCUUCAACUUGUCACAUCUGACGGCCUGGGCGUGUAUCGACCUCGUACCAUGCGCCAAUAG